CCUCGGCCUUGGCCGCGGCUCCCUCCUAGGGGGAGGGGCAGCUUCGGGGCCGGUGCCGCAGCCGGGUGACAGAUGGCCGAAGGGAGCUGCCCGGACAGCCGCCAUGCGGGCCCCGGGUCCCAGCCCGGGGAUCCUGGCGACAGCCUGGAAACGCAGCCCAGUGGCUGGAGGGGGGCCCCCUUCGGAGCCACGGACGGCAAUGCAGGUCCUAAUCUGAAGGAGUGGCUGCGGGAGCAGUUCUGCGAUCAUCCCAUUGAGCACUGUGAGGACACCCGACUGCACGACGCAGCCUACGUGGGCGACCUCCAGACCAUCCGCAGCCUGUUGCAGGAGGAGAGCUUCCAGAGCCGGAUCAAUGAGAAGUCAGUGUGGUGCUGCGGCUGGCUCCCCUGCACCCCGCUGCGCAUUGCGGCCACCGCCGGCCACGGCAACUGUGUGGAUUUCCUGAUCCAGAAGGGCGCUGAGAUUGACCUCGUGGACGUGAAGGGGCAGACUGCCUUGUAUGUGGCGGUGGUGAACGGGCACCUGGAAUGUGCCCAGAUCCUCCUGGAGGCGGGCGCUGACCCCAACGGCAGCCGGCAUCACCGCAGCACCCCGGUGUACCACGCCUCCCGGGUGGGCAGAGCCGACAUUCUCAAAGAGCUGAUCAGGUACGGGGCGGAUGUGGACGUCAACCACUACCUGGCUCCCGGGAUGCCUCCCCCUUCUUCCCGGCGCCUCACCUCCCUGGUGGUCUGCCCAUUGUACAUCAGUGCCGCCUACCACAACCUCCAAUGCUUCAAGCUGCUUCUUCAAGCCGGAGCCAACCCCGAUUUCAACUGCCACGGCCCUGUCAACGUCCAGGGCUUCUGCCGAGGCUCCCCCGUCUGCGUCAUGGAUGCCGUCCUGCGUCAUGGCUGCGAAGCUGCAUUUGUCAGUCUGCUGAUCGACUUUGGUGCCAACCUGAAUCUGGUGAAAUGGGAAGCCUUGAACGCUGAGUCAAGAGGCAGAGUGAAAGUGAAUCCGGAAGCUUUGCAGGUUUUCAAAGAAGCCAGGAGUGCCCCCAGGACCUUGCUGUGUUUGUGCCGGGUGUCCGUGAGGAAGGCUCUCGGCAAGUGUCGGCUGUACCUUAUAUCCUCUCUCCCCCUCCCCGACGCCAUCAAACAGUUUUUACUUUAUGAGCAGAGUUAAGAGGCAGGACGGGAUUGUGGGUUUGCUUCUCAAGGGGGAACGCAGGCGAUCUAAAGAACCAACUCGGUGUCCGUUCAUUACUCUCUCGAUCGCCCCUGGAACCGUUAGGAAGUGUCCCGAGUAGCUGCUGGUAAAGGCCUGCCUUGGUUAUCGCUGUCGUUAACCAGCUCCGGUGCUUUUGUCGAUGCGCUGUAUUUUGUGGAGGAGCUCUCGGGGGCUUUGAGCUAGCCUUGGCUUAAUAAUUCAGUGUUGGGGGGAGGGCGCUAUUGUGAUGUAUGAUUUCCUUUUCCCUUGAUUUCCCUAUAGGGAAUUUUCCUAGCUGAGAAGUUACACCCACCUGCAAAUGUUCAAAUUGGGGAUGGAUGGUGCAUCAAGGGUCGGGUUCUAGAGGUCGGCGAACAUCUCCGUAAGGAUAGGGCAGUUAGCAACCUCCUGAUGUAUAGUCUUCUGUAUAUAUAUUUAUAUUUCUAAAGUGAAAUAUUUACUUCAACAUCUGAUGGGGGAAAAUACUUCAUUUUGGGGAAAUACAUUUAACCAAAGGUAAAUGUUAGUCAACAAGCAUUUAUUAAAUACCUGCUCUGCCCCAGGGACUGUGUUGGGAACACAAAGACCGGCAAACUCAGUCUUGGUCUGGGGCGUUUAUGUUCUAAGGGAGGAGAUCACCUGGAAAAAGCAAGACAAGCAAGAUACAGGCAGAAUAGGUCAAAGGUUAUCUUAGAGGGCCGACGAGCAGGAACAGGCCGUUCUCGUCUUCGGUCGAGAGAUUCCCUGGCAUUUGGUGUUUGGAGGCGCCACAUAUCACAAAAUCACAAUGUGGGAGUUGUCAGGAAUCGUUUCGUGGGUGAUCUUGUGGAUCAUCCAAGUCAUACCUCCAAGGAAUCCUUCUUAGCACAUAGUCAACCAAUAUGCGUCUUCCAGCUACACCUAUAGUGACGGCCAGAGAUGUCAUGAAGGGAGACCAAGGCCCAGCACAAGCUCAGCCCUGUUCAGGCCAGUUGGAAUAUUUAGGGUUAGAGGUGGAGUUGGGAGGUUGGGUUCAGUUCGGUUCUUGGGGAAAUACUUUAGGGACAAGACAGACAGAGUAGGAUAUAUUCAGUGGAGGGCAGCCAGGACGGAAAUGGCGUUGAAUCCCAUGCCAUCUGACAAUGAUUUUAAAGAAUUGGGGAUGUUCAGGCUGGAAAAAAGAAACCUUAGGGAGGUCAUGGAAGAGCAGAUUGACCUGUUCCCUUUGUCCAAACAAGGCCCAAUGAGUGGUACUUGAAGAGGCAAAUUUACCUUCAGUUAAUGGGAAACUUUAUAAGAAAUGCAACUCUUCCAAAAUGGAAGGGAUUUCAUAAAAGGUGGAGAGUUUCCUCUUCCUAAAGGUCUUUACGUAGUUUCUGAUUGGCCACUUUGGGGUGAGGUUCGAAAUGGCUUUCCUUUUAAGAUGUGGACUGGAUGCAGCAGCAUCUCCAGGCCCCUCCCACGCUGACAUUUUCUCCUUUAUCAUCUUUCUCUUCCUGAGUGAGUCAGACCAACUUUCUUUGCUCACUUUUAAUGUCCUUUCAAAGAUCCUUUGUCAAUUGUAUUUAUUGCAGGUUAACCUUGAUCUCAGUCUCCCCUCAUUUCACACAUGGAGUAGUCACAACACUGACCUGUCAGUCCAAGUGUGAGGGCCUAGAACACCUCUCAAUUUCUCCACUUUCCAUGCCCCAGAUGCGGCAGAUUUCAAGAACAGGUGGGUCAGUUUCAGAGGCUAUAACUAAACAAAUGAAUCGAUAUUUAAGCAUUUAUUAGGCACCUAUUGUAUACAAAACAUUGCCCUGAGUGCCGAGCAUAUAAAAUAACAACAUGAAACAAUACCCACCCUCUAGAACUUUUCAUCAUGUAGGGAUUCUCCCAUCUGCACCUAUUUAUGGAUGGAACAAGUGUUAUAUCAACAGCAUUCACUGCCAUCACAUAUAGGACAAUCAGUCAAGGAACAAGCUUUGAUUAAGAACCUACUAUGUGCUCUGAAGUUAGGAGGACCUGAGUUCAAAUCUGGCCUCAGACACUUAUCACUUCCUAGCUGUAUGACUCUGGACAAGUCACUUAACCCCAAUUGCCUCAGCAAAAAAAAAAAAAAAUACAAAAUAAAAAGAACCUACUAUGUUUAGUGUUAGGGAUGCAAAGGCAGAAGUGAUGAGAUCAAGCUUACAGGAUCCUCUUUUGAUCUCUGAGGGAAUCUCUGAAGCAUUUUACUAGGGCAAAGGGUGGCUCCUGAGGCUGAGAAGGGAGAAGAGACUUUCCCAGACACCCACGAUAUUGUAAUAGUGACAUUUCUAUGAUACUUUCAGGUACUGUUUACAAAGCACUUCAUGUACAUUAGCCCACAUGAUGAUCACAUCAGCCCAUUGAGGUACACAGAUACUAGAGGGAGCACUUCUGUUUUACUGGGAGGAAUAUGAAGUUCAGAGAAUAUAAGUGACCCACCUGAAGUCAUACCAGGAAUAAAUGUCGUCAACGAAAGCCUUUCUCCCUCUGACUCUCAGACUCAUAUCCUGCUCUUUGGAUUUAUUGACAAGCAGAUUCUUGCUAGGAGGGGGUGACCGGCCCCCAAAUUCUUUUCUCUUUUCCUGGGAACCAUGAUUCUUUGAUCUUCAUUGCUGUGCAUGGAUUCGGGGGCAUCCUGGUAUCCUUGGGUACCUUUGAGUCUCUGAGGGUGGGACUGCUCAGCGUGAAAGCAAAUGGUGAUUUAUUCAAUUGAUCCAGUGAGAGGGAAAAAAGUCAAUCAAGCCAGUUAUUUAAUUGAACUGGUCACUGUGGGCAGAAAAGUAGAGCCUCUUCUUUAGUUGGGACGGUCAAAAGUCACAAGCCCUCCCCACCCCACAAAGUGCACAUCUCGCUGAGCUUGGAGGUUCUUUCCAGGCUGAUAUUUAUGAUUUUUCCUUGGGAUUAGCUCAAUUCACUGAACAUUCAUCAAGUGCCUCGGGUAACAUGGACAAGGAUCUCAGCGUCUAAGGAAUAUAGGCUGCUCGAGGGCAAUGGGGCCAUUUUCUUUUGUCAUUAUAUCCCCAGUAGCUGUCGCUGUGAUGGCCAUUGCAGGCACUUAAUUAGGAAUGCGAUGGCGCUGGGGUAAUGGGGAUGCAAAACUGUAACCAAAAUCAUCGCUGCCUUGGAGGAGUUUCCACUCUACCGCGCUCUUCGGGUUUGAAAUCUGCCUAUGGCAUUGGCCCCAUUACUCAAUAAAAUGCUCUUGGUCCAUCGUAAGCAGGGAUGGAAAGAUACAAUCGGCCAGGACAUGAAUGGUUGUCAGUGUCUCUUCUCCCUAGCUAAUUUUCCAGAUGAAGAAAGUGGAUUUAAGAGAGGGGGGAAUUGCUGAUGGUACCACAGAGUGGGCUCUGAAGCCAGACCCUCUGGCUCCAGAUCCAGAGCCCUUCUUUUAUAUGAUCAUUUAAGAGAUGGAGAAAUUGGAUCCUAUGGAACCAUAAGCACUUGCUGUUGGCCAUACUAGAACAUGAAUUCGAAACCCAGAUUCUUCCCACUAGACCUUGAUCUCUUCCCAGUUCAAGGGCUGUAUCUCCAUGGAGCCUCCCCUGGGCUUUCUUCCCUGAAAUUACUUCAUGUUUACUUUGUCCGCAUUUUGACUUAAUGAUCUAUGUCUUUUUUCUAUUGCCUCUGUUUCUCUCUAGUCUAGAAGGUGCUCUCCUCAAGGACGGGCACCACUUUUUUUGGUCUUCGGUCUUCAUUUGGUCUCCAAUCUUCAUCGCCUAAUCCGUACCUAACAUAUAGUAGGCGAUUAAUAAAUAUUUCUUUGGAUGAUUCGAUUUUCAGUAAGGAUUCAGGAAGAAGAGAAAGAUUCAAUCCAAAUGAACUCAUUCAAAAAAUACAUUUAACAAAUUUUGAAGGGGUCCAGGGCCAUGACUAACUCAUUACCAAGUUCCCAAGUUUAAAUUCUGGGUCCUCAAGCAAAGUAUUGUGAGGGGACCUCCUCCUAGCCCACCCCCUAUUCUUUUCCUGGACACCUCAGGUUUGCCAUAGAUGUUGGUUUUCUAGGUGAAUGAAUUGGGAGGCAGGUAAGGUCCUGCGUCUCCCAUCUCAGGCUGCACAAACAAACUGGAAACCAUUAAAAUUGGCCCAUAGACAUACAUCCUGUUUGUGGUGGCUGUGAACGAUUUCACAUGGAGGGAGACAAGAUGCAGAGACGAGGGAGCGAAUGGGUCACCUAUGAGAGGCCCAAGAGAGACUGUCAAUGUGCCCUCAGGGAGCACAUGGUCCAGCUGGGCCACUGGCCCGAAACCUUGAGGGAGAGCUGGAGACCUUCCCAAGUGCACGCUUGUGAUUGAUGGGCACUAUAAAUGCACUGGGUGAUGAUAGGGGUGCUUGGAAUUGAGAUUUUGCAAACUUUGGGGUUUCAUGUUGCUGACUGACAAAAAGGGGUGCAGGGGGCUCCUUUUUAGUCAUGUAAUUGUGGAGUAAGUAGGGAGCAGCCCCAAAGUCAAGAAUCCCUGGGUUCAAUUCUAACUCUGACAUACACAGGGCUGGGGUGACAAGUCCCCUAAUUUAUUCAUGCUCUAAGCUUCCCUCCAAAACUAAAAAUUGUAGAAAAAUCACCAAGCUCUAUUGGGAAUUUCCUCAUCCAAGAAUCCCUUAGAUCUGGUCUCUGGUUCUUUCUUUGUAUUGAUUUUGGUCUGUACAUAUGGUUUCAUGGAUGUGUGGACCCCCACUUCCCUGAGACAGAUCAGCCACUCAUCUGCACCCUAUGGUCCAAGAGAGUGUCCCGGUCCAUCGAGAGAUGACCGACUUGUUUGGUGUCAUUCAAUCAGUAAAAUCAGCAAGAACAUGGGGAUAUGAGCCUAGUCCUCUCUUCACAAUGUCAAACUGUAUUCAGUUUACUUCUAUUUCCUUCCAAUUCAUUCAUUCAUAUUCUUUUAACAAUAUUUUAUUAAAACCUAUCAGUUAGUUCUUAAUCCCUGGGAACCGACAAGCUUAAAUGGCAGCAUCCCCCCUUCGGGCUAUUUUUAUUUUAUAAAAGGUUCCAGGCUUUGGGUGGUCAGGAAUCCAGCAUCCCCUGCUCACCUUGGGGUGAUUUAUACCUCGUUACCAGUUUGGACAUUUGGGAAAUUUAAUUAAAAUUUCGACUCCUCAAAACUGGGGCCUUUUGUGAACCUGCCCAACCCUCGCCGUUUCCCAGGUCUAUAAUGUUUGGUGCCAGCUCCUGUUAUUGAGCGAAAGGCCAACUUUUCGAGGUGUUUGAGCCUUUCCGAUUGCAGGCUGACACUCUAAAAGGCUGAUAGUGAGAGAGGGAGGAAAGAAACAUGUAGUGGAUGACAUGACUGGAAAACAGAGGCUCCAGACUGGAGGGAACCAGAGACAGCAGGUCCAUGCUGGAUUUAAAUGAGGGCCCCUCGGCCACCCUCCAGCCAAGACCUGCAGCCUCUGAGCUCAAAUCUAUGGCCCUCAGAGACAUCGCGUUAGCUGGUCGGUUCAGUUUGUUCAUCUGUGAAUAAGAAGAUCAGAUAGAGGUGAUGGUUUUGGGGGACGAUCUUUGUGAGCGGGAGUGAUCAGGGGAUGUCAGGGGCUGCCAUCAAUGCUGGCGGGGACCUUAAGCUUUUCUAUGAGAAGACGAUAGUUCCAGAAAUGACUUGUGUUUUUCAGGAACAUGAGAGCCUGGUGGUACCUCAGUGGGAUACACAGCAGGGCAUGUCUAUGGCUCAAACUCCCAUGUUUACAUAGCAUUCUAAGCUUUAGAGCAGGGAGGGUCCUUAGGAGCCAAACCUGUCAUUUUAUAGAACAAAAACUGAAAGGGGAAUAACUCCCUAAGGUCAGACCACCCUCAUGGGUCAGAAGCAAGACUUAAAAGACAUUCUGACUUUAAAUGGGACUCAACUGUCCCAUUCUGCUUUUUUUGAUUAUUGUUAUUACCAUUACUAAACCUCACAACAACCCCAAGAGAUGGGUGCUAGCAUUAUCCCCCUUUUACAGAUCAGGAAACUGAGACAGAGAGGAUAAAACUGUAUCCAGGAUCACAGCUGUUCAAAGUCAGAUCAAUGAAUUCUGUGAGAUGCGCUGCCCCUCCUAGCUUAUAAAGAAGCAAGGAAGUGUCCGAGGAAAGUCUGGACUGUCCAUACUAUGAGAUUUCCUCAAAGGGAUCUCCCCUAAUACAUGUGGGAGCUCUUCAUUUUCUCACCUUCCAAUGGGGAUCGACUUCCAAACAGUGAGCUCUUUUCAGCUUGGGGGCGGGGGGUGAUCUCUGCUGCUGCUCCCCUUCUAUUUGACCCAGGCUCUAUCCUGUGGAACAAUAGCCUUCCCUGGGAUUUUGGCCUGAGCAGGAAGGCCCCCGAAUCUGCCUCUGCAGGGGAUGCUCUGCUGGGAUGAGGGCAAUCACAGGGUCCUCUCUCUGGAGCUGGAAAGAACUCGGAAGUCAUCUAAUCGGAUGCCCUCAUUUUUCAGACAGAAGCUGAGUUCUGUCCAGUGAUGCUCAUGCUGAGCUUCUAAUCUCCCAUCCUAGCACUGGUAACUUGAUUUGGGCCUCAGUACCAUGCAGGGAUCCCAGGCUAGCCCAGAAAUCAUUUUUUUCUUGGACCCUGGCUUCAGCCACGGUCUUAGAUGAAAGCAGAAAGUUUCUGAACCCCACCAAAAGCCAAGGUGGGGCAUGAAGCACUUUGCUCAGGGGUGCCAAAAUUUAGAAGGGGUGCCAGUGACAUUUGAAUCCUUUUAGGAAGUAGAAACUACUGAAUUUGGGUUCUACUCAACAAGCAGAAUUAAGCUAGUGAGCUCUCCAGGGGUGAAUUUCUUCAUCUAAGGAACCAAACUUAUUUUUGCUCUGCUCCCUUCACUCUGGAUUUCUAUCCAUGAGAUCCACUGUCCUGAGGUCUCUUAUCACCCAGAACCUUAGUUCUCCUGUCUGAGGCCACCUGUUAGAUCUCUCCUUCCAUGACUGAAUUUUUAAAAAUAUAGUUUGACAAACCUGUUAGCCCAUUUUAUAGUUCUUGUGUAGAUGGAGCCGUGACUUUGCCCCCGUGCCCACCUCUCUUCCAAUGUCCAGCCCCUAGUGCGACCUUGUGGUCAUCCAAAGUUGACCCCAAAGGAGAUCUGCACUCCCUGAAGCUCCCUAGUUUCCACAUUAACCUUUCCUGGUCUCUGAUCUCAAUCUAAGCUCCCGGCUGCCUGAUUGAGAUAUCUCAAACCCGUCCAAUUCAACAAGUACUUAGCAUGGGACAGUCACUGUGCUAAGCUCUUGGAAGGCCACCAAACAAAUCAGCCAUCCCGACCUUCAAAAGCAGGGAUGGGAAUACGUUAUCUGACUGGGGGAAGGGGAUCAAGGAGAUUUUUAGAGAGAGCAAGUAAACUGAGGCCUGAAGCAAGUAUUAGAUUCUCAGAGACACAAGUCAACGAACAAGCAUUUAUUAAGCACCUACUAUGUGCCACUCUGCUUUCUCUGGAAAAACACUGAGAGAAAUGCAUCAGUGCCUGCCUUUGAGGAGCUUCUGUUUUACUGGGACAAUCCUACAUGUGCACAGAGAAGUAAAUAUAAGAUAUGUGUGAAGCUGUAGAGAUGGAAAAAUGUUACGAUCUUCUCCUGGAGGUGAUGGGGAAUAUGGGGGGAGGGGGAGAAGAGAUGAUUAUCCUGGAGUCAAGUUUAGUCCCGCUCACCUUGAACUAGGAAUUCUGGGAAGCCGAGGCUCUUCUGUAGAUGGCUCAUUUUGCCUUAAAAUGAAUUUGUUGCCUCUGCAAUGUAUGAGUCCCACUUCCUUCUAUUAAGGGUCUGAUCUGAGACAAUCUUGAGGGUGUGGCCUAUGAAAAUAAGAUUGCGGGUGCCCUGAUUUGGGGAGUGUGCGCUUAAUACAUCUUCAUCAUAUAUCAUAGUAAUUUAUCAUACAAUUAUUGCCUCUGUUUGAACACAUACUCUGUACUCUCUUAUUUACUUGGUCUUGGAGUGCCGGGUCUCAAGGGUUCCCCGGUGAAUAUUCAGCUCUGAGUAAAUGAUGUAAUUUUAAAAUAAGAUAGUUGGUCAUCAGAUGAAGGAGUGACCCAUUGGUGAAUUGUCCAUUUCCCUUCUGCCGAUUAACCUGCAUUUCCUCGGCCUUCGUUCUCACUAUUUCUGGCACCCCGUUCGGAAGGAUAAGACUGCCUGUUCUGUGUGUUAACGUGCUGUCACCUCAAUAAAGGCUGCGUUUCCCUAA